AUGGUUUCACUUUUGUGUGUGGUGUUAAGGCUACACUACGGCGACUCCUUGUGGCUGAUCCGCUAGCGGGGAGCAGCAGGGGGAGGCGGUCUGCUGUUAGCCGUUGUUUGUAGCCAGAUAAGUAACUGUCUGCUGGAGGUGGUGGCUGUUGUGCUUAGCCUUGGCUGAAAACAUCAAGGUUGCAGACAUGCCAAGUCUAAAGCUGAUAUCUGCGACUGAUACACAAUAUUCAGCAGCUGUGCUGAAGUCGAUGAAUGAGCAGAGAAAUCAUGGAUUAUUUUGCGAUGUCACCAUCAUCAUACAGGACAAGAAAUUCAGAGCUCACAAAACUGUUCUGUCUGCCUCGAGUACAUAUUUCCACCAGCUCUUCAGCGUAGCUGGACAAGUGAUUGAGUUAAACUUCAUCCGAGCAGAGAUCUUUGAGGAGAUUCUCAAUUACAUGUACAGCUCCAAGAUCGUCCGUGUGCGCUCCGACAUGCUUGAGGAGCUCAUAAAUGCUGGACAGAUACUGGGAGUGAAGUUCAUUGCAAACUUGGGGUCACCAUUAUCACAAGUUAAGGGUCUGCCUGGUUUGUCAAAAGAGGCGGAAAACAAAAGCGACACAUCCACAGAGAUGAUGCCGAUCAUCACAGAGUCCUUCUCAAUAUCUGCAGAGGAAUUCAAUCAGACAGUUAGACCUGCAGGUAAUGACGACGACUCUGACAGUGACGUUAUGUUUGUCUCAAAAACCGAUGCUCAAACCAGAGCAGCCAAUCAGAAAGCCAACUCUGGUGAGGUCAUUGAUGUGGAUAUAGCUGAUUCAGAAAAUGGGGCAUCGAACCAAAAUAAAGAAUCAAAUCACGCAGUUGCAAAACAUAAAGAAAAAGCCACAGCCACCUCAAGAACACAAUCUGAAGAGACUCCCAGUAUCAGUUGUCCUGACCCCAGUUUGCCAGACAGCAGCUCUCUGCACAGUCCAGUCUCCUGCUCCAAUAACUCGUCUUCCCCUGCCAGAAUUUCCUCAGGAAGUGCUCCCACAACACCAGCCAGGUCAAGCAGUUUCACAACCGAGCCCUCGAGUGCCUCUCAGUCCUCUGAAAACAGCGAUAUGAUGGGAGUCCACAAGAAACAAGUCUCUACUUCUCAGCAGGGGAAUUUCAAAAUAAGGCUCUUAGACGUUUCUGAAAGUCCAGCUAAUCAGGCUAACAUUCCCAAAUCAGCAAUAGCAGCAAAAAAGACAGUGACUCUCAAUACAGCCACAGAGAUUGAUUCCAUUUCUUCAGGCUGUAAAGUAUAUGCCAAUAUUGGAGAAAAUACUUAUGACAUUGUCCCAGUGAAAGAGGAUCCAGGCGAAGGAGGCUCUAAAGCCAAUAAAGGGAAGAGAUCGUUUAUGGCAACACCUUUGAAACCCUUUGAUAAAGCAUCGUUGUCACCAAAGGCUGCCCCGAACAAGAAGAGGACCAAAACUGAGCUUGAGGAUCACUACGAGCUCAUCAUGGAUGGGAAGACUUUCUACGUGUGCAUCGUCUGCAAGCGGCCCUACGUGUGUCUCACGAGUCUCCGGCGUCACUUCAACACUCACUCUUGGGAAAAGAAGUACCCGUGUCGCUACUGUAACAAAGUUUUUGCCUUGGCCGAGUACAGAACUAAACAUGAAAUCCAUCACACAGGGGAGCGGAGGUACCAGUGCUUGGUGUGCAAUGAAAUGUUCAUAAACUACCAGCUACUGUCCACCCACUGCAAGCAAGUCCACAACCAGGAUCCCAGCGGAAGGAAAGAGAAGGACGACGCUGACAACAACUUAUACCGCCUGCUGCCCUGUAAAACGGUGCAGAUGAAGCCGUACUCAUGGACGACUGAAGGGCCAGGGGUCCCUGUCAUCUCGGAGGACGGCAGCGUGCAUCACAUAACCACCGUCGGUGAAGAUGUCAACUCUUCCACCCAGAGCAGGAUGUUGAACUGGGAUGACAUCUUCGUAGAGCCCGAUGCACACAUGCCGCCUGGUGCCCACGCCCGACCAGGCUCCACUAUAAACACUCCUCCGCAGGGAACCACAGAGUUUGACUUUGUUAUACCAGAGACCUACUGAGCAGCACCUGUUGCUCCGUUACCCGUGCCUUUUUAGGUGCCCCCCCUCCCCACUCUUUCUUCCUCUUUGGUUCCAUGUCAACAAUACUCUUCUGUACUUCUCAGUAGUGUCAGCGUAAGGUUCGGUCACAUCAGUCUUUCUGUUUGAUGAAAAUUUGUGGUAUAAUAUUGUACUAGACAUGGUGUUGAUGCAGAUCCAAACGGUUGAAGUUGAUCGAAGGUGAACUCUGAACUCUGAAGAGUCAGCUGACGAUUGCAUCAAAACAGGAAGCGGAUGCUUGAAUUUAUCAGUCGUUACAGCUUCAGUUAAAGUGAAAGGGAGACGGUGCGAAUAGUUGACAGCUGACAGGAAGUUAAUGUGACCGUACCUUCACUCAUGUUACUCUACUUCGAUCGUUGUUGUCAUUGGAAUAAAUGAUAAUGACAUUAGCAUAUACAGUGCAUCCGGAAAGGAUUCACAGCGCUUCACUUUUUCCACAUUUCGUUAUGUUACAGCCUUAUUCCAAAAUGGAUUAAAUUCAUUUUUUCCCCUCAAAAUUCUACACAAAACACCCCAUAAUGACGAUGUGAAAACAGAUUUUUUGAAAUGUUAGCAAAUUAAUUAAAAAUCAAAAAUCAAGAAAUCACAUGUACAUAAGUACUCACAGCCUUUGGUCAACACUUUGUUGAUGCACCUAUGGCAGCAAUUACAGCCUCAAGUCAUCUUGAAUAUGAUGCCACAAGCUUGGCACACCUAUCUUUGGGCAGUUUUGCCCGUUUCUCUUUGCAGAACCUCUGAAGCUCCAUCAGGUUGGAUGGGCAGCGUCGGUGCACAGCCAUUUUCAGAUCUCUCUAGAGAUGUUCAGUCGGAGAGUCUGGGCUCUGGCUAGGCUGCUCAAGGACAUUCACAGUGUUGGUCUGAAGCCACUCCUUUGUUAUCUUGGCUCUAUGCUCAGGGUUGUUGUCCUGCUGAAAGAUGAACCAGCACCCCAGUCUGAGGUCAGGGGCGCUCUAGAGCAGGGUUUUCAUCCAGGAUGUCUCUGUACAUUGCUGCAUUCAUCUUUCCCUCUAUCCUGACUAGUGUCCCAGUUCAUGUCGCUGAAAAACAUCCCCGCAGCAUGAUGCUGCCACCGCCAUGCUUCACUGUAAGGAUGGUAUUGUCCAGGUGAUGAGCGGUGCAUGGUUCCCUCCAAACAUGAUGCCUGGCAUUCACGCUAAAGAGUUCAAUUUUUGUCUCAUCAGACCAGAGAAUUUUGUUACUCAAAGUUUGAGAGUCCUUCAGUCCUUGGUUUGUGCUCUGACAUGCACUGUCAACUGUGAGGCCUUAUAUAGACAGGGGUGUGCCAUUCCAAAUCAUGUCCAUUCAACUGCAUUUACCACAGGUGGACUCCAAUUAAGCUGUAGAAACAUUUCAAGGAUGAUCAGUGGAAACAGGAUGCACCUGAGCUCAAUUUUGAGCUUUAUAGCAAAGGCUGUGAAUACUUAAGUGCAUGUGAUUUCUUUAUUUUUGAUUUUUAAUAAAUUUGCAAAUAUUUCAAAAAAGCUGUUUUCACAUUGUCAUUAUGGGGUGUUGUGUGUAGAAUUUUGUGGGAAAAAAAUGAAUUUAAUCCAUUUUGGAAUAAGGCUGUAACAUAACGAAAUGUGGAAAAAGUGAAGCGCUGUGAAUGUCUUCCGGAUGCACUGUAAACAUAGAGGUGGUUCUCACACAGUAAUCAAGUUAAUGUGAAUGACAAAAGCAAGAAUCAGAGAUUCAAAUCAUGUAUCAGCCAGACACUUUCAGCUAAAGGAUCAGAAGCACAAAGCACUGAAAUAUGAAGCAUUUAAAUGGUGCUCUGUCUUGUUUUGGAUACAGUUAAUGACAUUAAGCAGCCCGCUGAGCCCCAUUUAAUAAAAUAGAAAUGGGGUUACCUACUUAAGAGUGUGAAACCUCAGUUGAUAAUUAUGUAACCAGGUGACCUUUUUUCUGGUCAGGAUACAUCAAUGCAUUUAUGUCUUUAAAACACAUAAUGAAAUAAAACAUGGUUGCCCCAAAUGCAGUAUCAACUGAAUCUCAGUCUGUGAUUGAAGAUCAGAUGGAAAUCUUCUGGACUGAUCGUUCCUGGUCCCCGUUUUGAGACCUAAUUCCUAAUUCUGUACAAGAGAAUAUGAUCCGAAAUAUAUUUUUUCAUUAUGUGAUUGUUGGCGGUUCCUCAUCCGGGUAUUGUGGCAGGGAUGGCAUACAAUGCUUAUUUAAUUUUUUCAGUGGUCGGGAAACAAUUAUGGUUAAUUUUUUUGUCCAUUAAACACCUUUUGUUUUAUUUUGAUGCACCUGUACAUUUUUAUUUCCUAUAAUUUCUGUGUUUUGUUUUUUAUAUAUAUGAAAUGUUAUUUUAACGCCAAAAUCUGCCCGACUACAUACUGUAGGCUAGAGAUUUUGCAUAAAAAUGUGAUUGUAGGAUUGACAUAAACUGAGGAUUAUUUCAGUCCAUACAGAUAGCACUUAGUUUUGGAUCUUGCAGAAUAUUUUUUUGUAAUAUUUUUACUUUCUAAUUCUGUUUUUCCAUUGUGUCUGAGGGUAGUGAUUGGUCAGUAUGAGUAAAAAAAAAAAAAAAAAAAAAAA